AUGGAAGCAAGAAGUGCGAUGCACAUACUCAAUGCUCCAAGCACCAAAAGUCUGAUCUGGUCUCAUCAAGAACUGUCCAAAGCAAUCUUUGGAACUGACGCAUCUACUUUGAAAGGCAAGUCGACAAGACCAACUCCAAAGAAGACACAUGAUGACUUCUUCAGUCCACCAGAGUACGAAUUGUAUCAACACAAUCAAACAAUUACCGUCUGUAUUGAUCACAUGGAGAUCGGAGAUGCUAAGUUUCUCACCUGCAUUGAUACCACUGUGCGUUAUCUCUCAUGUAUUCCCAUGCAGAACCUCAAGACUGAACCUGUAUUUGAAGCAUUGGAUAAGAUUUUCCGCCGCUACAAUAAGGCAGGCUUUCAUGUCAAGACGAUCAAGUGUGAUUGGGCAUUCAUCCCUCUAACGGAUGAUAUGCUAGAUGAUAUGGGUGUUACUAUUGACCCGACUGCAGCUGGAGACCACGAGCCUACAGCUGAGCGAAACAAUAGAUCGCUGGAAGAAAGAGUCAGAGUAGCCGUUGCAACUGAGCGAAACAAUCGAACGCUGAAAGAGAGAGUCAGAGUAGCUCUUGCACAAUUACCCUACAAAGUGGUACCAAAGGUGAUCAGUGAACGUCUUGGACGUCAAGCCGCCAAGCUAUUGAAUGUCUUUCCCCCAAAAGACAGUAUUUCCUCACAUUUCAGUCCGCAGCAACUCAUUGAUAAUGUCAAUAUCAACUACAAGAGUGAUAUGGUUGCUGAGCUUGGACAGUAUGUUCAUGCAAUUGGGACGGAUUCCAACAAUUCAAUGGAACCGCGAAGUAUUGAAGCGAUCUACAUUGAACCUACAAAGGGACAAUGUACUGGGCACCGAGUGCUCAACCUGAAUACUAAGAAGAUGAUUUCUCGACCCAAGCUUGUCCUACUACCCGUUACCGAUCAAGUAAUCCAGCGUGUUGAAGCCUGGGCUGCUGCUGAAGGAGUGGAUGACACGGAACAAGGUUACUUAGAAGAAGCCUUUGAUCAGGACUAUGAACCUGAAGAUGAAGAUGAAUGUGAUUUCAACCUACGUGGACAAUUUGAUGAUAUUGAUGACUCCGAAAGAAAUGAGCUCUUGGCAGAUGCAGACAAUGAUGUCGAUGAUAUGCCAGAACUCACUUUCAGAUUCCAAGAAGAUGAUGACUAUGAAUCAGAUCACAACAACUCGGGUGAUGAGGAAGAAGAACCUAUUGUGGCCGAUUUGGAUCACCAUCAAGAAAAUGUCGAUAGAGGAACCGUUGAUAUUGGGAGCCUCGUUACUGAUCUGGAGGACCUACAAGAACCGCCAGAAGAAGAGAUUGUAUUUGAGCCUGAAGAGCCUCAAUAG